AUGCAAUGGGUACUCGGUGCGUGGAGCAAAUCGCGUGGGGUGCUUGCUAAGGAAGGCAAUGAGGAGUUGCAGGAGGUAGUAGCAAAGCUACGCAAGCUCGGUCAGCGCGCCACUUUGGAGGAGUUUAAGGAAUCGCCUCUAGUGGCUAAGCUGAAGUCAUCCCUGCAGUUUCACGGCCUGGGAAAUAUGAUUUACAGCAACGCUGGCGACAGCAAAGAGGAGGUGCAGAAGGCGUUGCAUGUUUGGAAGAUAGCUAUGGAAAAGGGAAGCGCGAAGGCAAAGUUUAGCUACGCUCUAUGUAUGAAAAAGGGUAUUGGUUUUCCAAACAAGGAUUUGGCGGGUGCUGUCAAGCACUUUAAGGAUUUAGCUGCAACCGGACACGGAUGGGGAACAUUUGCAUACGCAGAUGCCUUGAGCAACGGUGAUGGCAUACGCAAAAAUGAGGAAAAGGCCUUCGAGCUGUUUAAACAAUGUGCUGAAGCUGGAAUUCCACCAGCUUUCAUGAAUAUUAGCAAUAUGUACAGAUCUGGAACGGGAACCCUAAAGAACGAGCAAAAAGCUUUAAAGUGGCUGGUUAAGGCUGCUGAGGCUGGUGACCCAGCUGCUCAAUCUCGGCUGGGUGAGUGUUACUCGCUCGGCAAGGGUGGUGUACAAAAGAAUCAGGGUUUGGCUGUGCACUACUACAUGAAGGCGGCUAGUGCUGGUGUUGUCGCUGCACAAUUCAACCUAGGUUAUUUGUUUCUUACUGGCGACGGUGUGCCACAAGACACCUUACAAGCUGAGGCUCUCUUUUACAAGGCCGCCAGCAAGGGCUUUGUGAUGGCCAUGGUUAAUCUUGCUCAGAUGUAUCGCACUGGAUACGGCAAAGUGCCUAAGGACCUGAAUACGGCGCGCAAGUGGCUGGAAUUGGCUGCUCCACAUGAUCCUAAUGCUAAAGAGCUCUUGACGGCAAUAACUGAGUCGGAAAAUGCAUAG